AGUGGCAAGCUGUCCUUCGUAUGUGUAACAUCGUCUUCGUUCGGGUACAAAGUUAGCGCCGGCGGGAAAGCAUGUUCGGCGUCAGAUGGACUCCCGCCGCGCUCUUCCUCCUGCUUUCCUGCGCGGGGGUUCUGGCGGGCACCGUGCCGUCAGACCGCAGAGACGAGGACGUCGUGCCCGUUGGUGUCGCCCCGGAAGCCUCGGCGAUUUCGGAAGCCUCGGGAACUUCAGAAGUCUCGGAAGCCUCGGGAACUUCAGAAGUCUCGGAAGCCUCUCUGGCGACGCCGGGGGAGAGCCAGCAGGUUUCCGCGGCAGUGGUUGAGGGCGAUCUGAGCACCUCCGCUUCGGGCUUCGGCAAGGACUACAAAGACCACAGAGGCUACAAGGGAAGCUACUUCGAUAAAGCAGGCUACAAGGGACACAAGGGCUACAAAGCAAACAAAGGCUACAAAGGAAAACAUUAUGGCGACCACGGGAAAGCAAAUUACAAGGGGUACCACGACAAGCACGGGAAGAAUUACAAAGGCCAUCAUGACAAGCACAGAUAUUUUGGCGAUUCCAAUAAAGGUCAGAAGGGGAAGAAAGGUCACCAGUAUGGAUCCAAGGGCCAUCACAACAAAGGUCAUAAAGAUAAGGGGUACAAGAAUGUGUACCACAAAGAGGAGUAUCAUCGCAGCAAGAAGUUCUACGAUGAUAAGGAUACCAAAAAGUACCACAACAAAUACGACGAUCAUGAUAGCUACUACAAAGGGCAUAAGGGGAAGGAAUACGAAGGAAAUCAGUACAAGACUAAUAGUUUGUAUAAUGGAGCUAGAUUCCUGAACCGUAGAUUAUUAGAGAAAUUACCAGACAGUUCACCGUACGGCAAUCCAUCACGUCACUGGAGAAAACAAACUAGGGUCAGAGAGAGGAAAGAAAGGAGACGGAGGAGGGAUUACAGGAGUCUCCCCGACAAGAGGCAACGUUCGAGGCAAAGAAAACGAGAAAGGGACCACAGAUCAAAGAGGAGCUUAGAGAAUAAAAAUCGUCGUAACAAAAAACAAGGGAGAGGUUAUCCAUGUAGAGGUAAGACGCUGGUAAAAGCCAAGAAAUAUCUAACAGCGUGCGACGGCAGACAAGCGAGAAAGGCCCGCCAUACUUCAAAGAAACUCCGGGAUGCCAGAGAAAGUAACCGCUCACGUAGAAGGCGCAGAGGUUUAGACUAUUUGCGAAGACGUGAGCGACGGCGGUCAGUUGCCAAAUCAAGGGGACGAAGAGAGUCGUCGAGAGACAGAAAACGUAGACAGAAGAACCGGAAAUCACUGGAAAAGAGAGAGAGACGAAAGAGAGACAAAGACGUUAGGAGGAGGAACAGAAGACACGUCGAAAGGAAACCGGAAAGAAGGUCGCAAAGGCCCCGCAGACGGAGAAACGAGAGAAGGAACAGAGGAAAACGUCUCAAAGAAAGUGACAAGAGGAGGGGGAGGAGAUCAAAAUCUAGGGACCGUAAGAACAAGAGCGUAGAGAGAAGAGAGAGAAGGCAGGAAAGAAGGAAAAGGGAGGAGAGAAGGAAAAAGAAUAAAUAUCAGUCUAGGGCGUCACGGAGGAGACGAGAAACAAGCAAGAGUAACAGACGUAGGAAAAGGGAAACGACAAGAUAUUCUAAACGCCGAAAGGGCGGAAAACACCACGACAAGUAUGGCAAAAAAGGGCACUACGAGAAGGGCAAGUACCACGACGUCCGCGAGGGCCACAAGGGCCACUACGGCGACAAAGGCCACCAUGGACACAAGAGCUCCUACGGCAAGAAGGGAGGACACGAGGGAAGCUACGGCCACGACGACUACUAUAAAGGACGCGACGACCAUGGACGAGGAGGCUAUGGUCAUGACGACUACCAGGGCUACGGUCACGGCCUUGGAAACGACGACCAUGUCUCAACAGCAGGUAACACAGCCGUAUGCAAGGAAUCCGGCUACAAGAAGUGUCCUCGAGGGGCCUACAAGUGCUGCUGUUACGGAGGAUGAACUAUCAGGGGCUUCUGUUAACAUUCUCUGUCUUGCUUUAAUCAGUUUCUCAGUCCCUCAGCCCUUUCGAUCGAGGAUAGACGCCUGCUGAUGAAUAUAUGCAGUUAUUGUUAAGCUAGGAUUCAUGGGUGUGCUGUACAUGUGGUCAAGAUGCCUCUACAUAGGCACUUAAAAACAUGAUGGAUGCAUGCAAACACAUGUGCAUGUGCGCAAACAAAACAAAAAUCGUGCACACGUCACUCAGUGAAUACAAAAGCACGCUUACAUAUACACAUAUAGAUAUAGCUUUGCAUAUAUACAUUUGUUGCGAUUCAUUUUGUUAUUUUUGUACAUAGUACUGUCUAGUGUUUAAGAUCCGAAGGAUGAACUGUAAAGAAUCAUGAUUAUUAUGAUAUGGUGUUGAGUUUUCUUGAUAAGGCAGUAUUUGCCUUUUUUUUUUUUAAUAAGAUCAAGAGAUGAGCAAAUUUCCCCAGUUCUUCAUUAUUUUGUAGUUUAUACGUGUAUAUAUACAGAUGUAUAGGUAUGUACUUAUAAGUGUAUGUGUAUUUAUAUGAAUAUCUGAGUGUGUGUGUGUGUGUGUGUGUGUGUGUGUGUGUGUGUGUGUGUGUGUGUGU